CCGGGGUCACGAAAAGUGUUAGCAGGAGGGCUAGUCGAAAUACGAGGGCUUCACGCGAUUGGAUGGACGUUGAUGCUGAGCCAGCACCCGAAGAUGUUGCCAUGAACGGAAUAUCGCAUCCCCCACCCCCAGACCCUAUUAUAAAAACCGAUAAAUCAUCUAUUUCCAUACAAAAUUCCGUUUCUCAUGAUCCGGAAUCGUGCAACACCAUCCAGGAAUCACAUAACCAUGACCCUACAUCUUUCGACCAAAAUUCAACUUGGCCUGGUCAGUAUACUGGCCCAGCAAGUGGGUUCUUACAGGAGAAUCCCAAGAUUGUCUCAUAUGCGCAGGAUACUCCUAGGAUUGCUUCUCUUCCCAUGAAUCCUGGCCGUACAAUUUACUCGCAACAACUUCCUAAUCGUUCUGAGAACGGUUUAAACCGGUAACAUAUAAUUACUGUAUCGUCAUCGACUGUAUUUGCUAGAUAUCCAUCGAGAAACUCUGGAGGUUUACACAACUUAUAGCACAGUAUUAAUUCAGCUGUCUUUUUUCAUUGCCACACU